AUGUCUUCACCUUCACCCACUUCACCGUCUUCAACUAAUUCCACCGCACUAACAGAGGAGAAAUUCACAAUGGAUGCCGUUGUCAAAGAACUGGAUACUGAGGAACUUAUUCAAUAUUUAAAGCGAAAAGGCUUAGGCCUAAAGGAGGAAUACUAUGAAAUUUUAAGAAAAGAAGAUAUCAACGGGCUUGCCAUUGUUGAAGAUUUAACGGUAGAAGAGCUCCGUAGUAUAUGUCUACCGUUAGGGCCUGCAAAAAUUCUAGCAAAUUUCUCCGAGACACUAAAAACUCAAAAAUUGAAAUCAUACUUUAAAUACAGGACAGUGAAAGAUUUUAAAGAAGUCUUAAAAGAGCAGGAAAUCGAUGGGACUAGCAUAGAUGACAUCCCACAAUUUACACCAAAAACAUACCCCAUCGACGAAAAUGAUGAAGAUUUAAAGGAGUGUGUGAAACUCAUAAAGAACAAAUUGAGCGUUUUGGAAUCCUUACUUCCCACCGACGCCGAAAGAGAACGUUGUGAAUACGUCGAAUGUUUCCUCGAUAUAGCAAUAAUUAUUGCCAGAAAGGUCACAGGAAAAAAGAUAACCCGCCAUCCUCAAUUAGAAAUCACUGGUGAAGAUAAUACUGGUCAAGUGGAUUAUGCCAUAAAGUAUCUCUCAGAACUUAUCUGCAUAACCGAAGGAAAAUUUUGGAAUGUAUUCGAAGGGAUUGUGCAAAAUCUGCUUCAACUUAAAAAUUCAUCCCAAAAGAACAAACGCAGUGCCGAUGUUGCCUUCAAGGAGGACUACAUUUAUGGAAUAGUCACAACUGCGGAAUUAUGGUAUUUUUUAAAAUAUAACAGUGAAGGAAUUUUUUGCACGGGUAAAAAUCCGCUUAGGGUCGAAUUCAAUGAAUCUGCAUUAGAGGAUUCAAAUGAAGAACUAAAUUUACGAAAUAAUGUGAGAAAGGUUUUGGAGGUGAUAGUGGGAUUAUUAAUAGAUAAGGUAGGAACUAUCGAACCGCCUGUGAAAAAGGCCAAGUAG